AUGCCGUCGGUUUCGAAAACGGCGGCGAACGCGUCUCCGCAGACCGAGAAGCCUUCGCACUACACGUACCUGAAGGAGUUCCGCACGGAGCAGUGCCCCUUGUUCCUGCAGCACAAGUGCACGCAGCACCGGCCCUUCACCUGCUUCCACUGGCACUUCCUCAACCAGCGGCGGAGGAGACCCAUCCGGAGGAGGGACGGCACCUUCAACUACAGCCCGGACGUGUACUGCACCAAGUACGACGAGACCACGGGCCUCUGUCCGGACGGAGACGACUGUCCUUAUUUACACCGGACCACUGGUGACACAGAGCGCAAGUACCAUCUACGCUAUUACAAGACAGGCACUUGUAUCCAUGAGACAGAUGCUCGGGGGCACUGUGUGAAGAAUGGCCUCCACUGUGCUUUCGCUCACGGGCCACAUGAUCUCCGCCCUCCAGUCUAUGAUAUUAGGGAGAUUCAAGCACAAGAAGCCCUUCAAAAUGGACAGUUGGGAUCCGGGGAAGGUAUUCCUGAUUUGCAGCCUGGUGUAUUAGCCAGCCAAGCUAUGAUUGAGAAAACUCUGACCGAAGACCCUCGGUGGCAAGAUACCAACUUUGUUUUAGCCAAUUACAAAACAGAUCAGUGUACUAAGCCCCCAAGACUAUGCAGACAAGGCUAUGCUUGCCCCCACUACCACAACAGUAGAGAUCGAAGACGAAAUCCACGAAAGUUCAAAUAUAGGUCAACCCCUUGCCCAAAUGUGAAACAUGGGGAUGAAUGGGGAGAGCCUUCAAAGUGUGACAGUGGAGACAUUUGUCAGUAUUGUCACUCUCGCACAGAACAGCAAUUUCACCCCGAGAUCUACAAAUCUACCAAAUGCAAUGAUAUGCGACAAACUGGAUACUGUCCCCGGGGACCUUUUUGUGCAUUUGCACAUGUAGAAAGAAUUCCCUCCACAGAGGAGACCAUGAGUUCAUUGCUAACAGCGAUACAGUCGAGUUCACAGUCCCAGCUGGGCUCGCAGCAGUAUUCAGAGUGUCCAAUCAGUGAGUGGAACAGUGGAGGAAACUCCACCACCAGCGCAACCAGUAGCAACGGACAACUAGGAAGUGUUUCAUGUUCUAAUAGCUCAACUGUAAGGCCAGGCUCAGGAAGCGACAGUUUGAUAUCCCCAGUGGGAUCCUUCAGCAGGCCCAAAUCCUUUACUAAUAGUAGUUUAUGUUCAGAGUCCACCACAUCCAGUGUCUCAUCUCUGACGUCUAACUAUCCCCGAGCUCCGGGCUUUGAACGUGAGGAUCAGAUUAAGAACAAGGGGCAGAUGGAUCAAAGAUUCAUGGACCAAGAAAAACAGAUACAGAACACUGUAUUCUCUGCGGUAAACCCUUUGGCAUCGAGCUUUACCUCCAGUAUAACAUCCAGUCUGGCCUCUAGUAUUGGAUCAGAUAGUUCUUCACCCACCACCUUAUCAACAAUGAAUGCAAAAGCCACUCCUUUCUACCCAGGGAGCAACACGGUGGAGUCUGUCAUAGGAUCUGCUCUCGACCUCAAUUUUUGUGACAUCAAUGUUGCAUCUCUUGAUAAGGAGUUAGAGGAGCAAGACCACAGUAUUGGGUUGGCAAGUCACAGAAUGCUCGUUGGUUCAGCUCCCGUUAACAUUCCCGGCUCCCUGGCUCGAUCGUCCUCUUUCAAUUCCUCGUCCUCGCUCUCCUGCUCCCCGAUGAGCUCCCUCUCCCAGUCCCUAUCUCAGUCCCUCCUGUCAGCGGCAGUGUCACAGCAGAAUCAACCUUCCAAUAUGUUAGCCAAACAAGAGCUUGGCCUUCUGGGAACACCCACCUCCUCCUCCCAGAACUCUUUGGGCUUAAAUGGAGGUGCCAGCAACAUUUGGGACUUUAUCAGCGGCAGCUUUUCACCGAGUCCGUCUCCAGUUUUCAGCAGCCUCCCCUCCAUAACCAGCAGCGCUGAUCUGGCCCGCCUUUUCAGAGAGCUGGACGAGGCCAAGAGGAAGAUCAAACAAUGGGAGGACGCCUGGCUACAGGUCAAACAAGCCUGUGAGGCGUGUCAGAAAGAAGCUCGCGAAGCAAAGGAACAAGCAAAGACGGCCGAGGCAGAGCGUCAGAUGUCCGAACAGAAAUGGGAGGAAACCGAGCGCAAGUUGAAAGAACUCCACAGGGACUUUGAUGUGCUCUGUCGCACCCCGGGAACACCUCUCCUGCGUAGCUACGGAGAGCUGGACAAGCUCUCCUUGUCAAAGCUUCACUCCAUCCAGACUCAGCUGCGUAAUGACCUAGACCUUAUAGACGGGGUAAUAUAUCAGCUUCAGUCAAAGAAAUGUAUAGUUUGCCAAAAGCAUGAUCGUUGCGUUGUUCUGCAGCCUUGCCAACAUUAUGUGCUAUGUGAGAACUGUGCACCUAGUAAAACAGAAUGCCCCUACUGUAGAACAAAGAUAUUGAAGUGGUGAUGUGUAACAUAAGGUACUAUUUAAAGAAUUAGCCCUUUUGAAAAACUACUAAUAGAUAUUAAGUACACUUUCUAAAUAGUUAUGUCUGUUUCAUACAGUAAUUCAAUUCAUUUGGAACAAAAUUAUGUUUAAAUGACUAAACAAAUGGCAUUACAAGUCAGAUUAUGUCCAGGGAAUUUAAUCGUUGCACUUUUUGCUCAUUUUAUGUGACAACCAGACAGCAUGCACUCAAUUUAAAGUGCCCUUCCGCAAAUCUUCAGUCAUGAUUCAGUCUUUUGAGAGGACAAAAAGGUCAAAUCAUUUAUCAUUGGCUUCACACUGCUAUAAAGACAUUUAGGGCGAACACAGGGCAGUCGCAGACCUCCAUUCAAAAUUACAAAUACAUAAAAUGCAAUCAGGACCAAUAAACGUAAAAGUUAAAUACACAAAGGCAAUAAUGAGUGACCACAUGUCUCGCUGUUAAUUGAUCAUUAAUGCACUUAAGAACUUUUACAGAAAAUCCUGUGGAAAUGUGUAUGAAACCAAUAAAAGGUUUCAGUAAUUAUGUACUUGUGAAUGUGUAUGUGAAGAAAAGAAAACAUGUGAAAUGGAUAUAGCAGAGUUUACUGGACAAAUUAUAAUUCAGUCUGGAUCUUAGACAAACCCAAUCACUAAAACAUAACCAUAAUAACUAGUGCCGUUUCAGUGUGGGACGCUCAAAUGCAAGGAAAUCGUUAGUUCACUUGCGAACUACUGUGGUGUUGUUUAACAUAAAAUGAGCAAAAACUCAGAGCGGAUUUUUUUUCUUUAAUUAAAGAGGAAUGUGACUCGUACCCAAUUCAGAAAUCCUAUAUUUUUAUAGCCCAAUUUGCCUUGUAUUAUAAGAAAACAAUUUGUAUUUGCACCAUUUCAUUGAGCAAGGAGCUUCUAGAUCUGGUAAUUGUGAAAUAGGGCAUGGAUCAAGGUCAUUGUAUCAGAGAGCACACGUUUAAAAACUCCAUGCUCUAGGGAAUUAGCUCACUUAUAUUCUUGUAUUCAGUGUAAUCUUUGUCCAACAAUAUAGACCUAAUAUGCAGAUUUGUAAAAUGUUAUUAGUGUUGAACAAAUACCUGUGUCUAUAAAUCAGCGGCAGUAAAUCAAACGAAGGAAACAACUAAACUGGGUGUUGUAACUUUGCAGUGUUCCUCUUUAAGUAAAGCCAAGUUUUGUUAAACCCCAAAUUUUUCAUUAACACUUAAUGCAACAGUCAAGAAUCCUUGUUUUUGACCAACUUUUUGAAGAAGUUUGAUUUCUUAUUAAAGCACUUUGUUGACCUGGGACUUUAUUAAAGGGUAUAUAGAAUUUUUGCUUUAAGCUGCUUUGUAGGUAUUCUUUGUCUUUUUUUUUAGUUUUAUACGUUUUUUCUAUAUAAGCUAAUGUCUGAAGCAAUGUCUGUGUGUACUGUGAAACAUAACUUUAAUAUUUCAUGUUUCCUAUUGUUAAAUCAUUGCAUGGUUCUACAUAUUAAGAUUUCAUAGAAAAAAGUACUUAAAUAGUUUCUACUUUCAUAGUUAGAUUUAUAAAAUUUCAAUCAAAUAAGUGCAAAUUUAAAAUGCAUUUUAGGCAUAACCAGCAGCUAUAAUAUCAGUAAGGCACAUGCUCCAUGUUAAGGCUGUUAUUCAAUCAGUUAGUUUUGUUUUGUAGAGAUUUAUAUAGCCUAGCCACUAGAGAAGCAUGUAUUGUAUUUGCUUAAAUCCUGAAAUGGUGAUUUCUUUUUUUAGUAGGAAUCUAGCCUCUUGACUUUGUCUAGAACAUAUCGGCCUCUAACUCUAAAGUGCCUUGCCUUAGUUGAAAAGGAUGUGUAUAGAGUUUUCAAAGCAAACGCAAGUAGUUGAAGCUUGUGCGCAGGUUUCUACAAAAUGUGUCUUGUUUAACUUAGCAGAAGCGUCGACAUGUGUGUAUAUGUAUAUAUAUACACACACACACACACAUAUAUAUAUAUUUAUACAAUAUAUAAAUAUAUAUCCAAAUAUGCCAGUGUAAUUGUCAAUUCCCAACAAGUAUUUCUGUAGAAGAUAAUUGAAAACAUGUGUAGUCAGUGCCUGUGUCCUGACUUCACCCUUAAAGAUCGACCUCCCCUCUGUCCUCCGACCACCCACACACUCAUUCCUCAGUCUCGGUGCUCUAUCGGUGCAGCUUCAUUCUUUGGAAAUAAGGUUUUAACGUUUGGGAGUAUGCAAACAUAGAACAUGUGGAUUUGUAUAUCAACAUAUAUAAAAGGAGCUUUUUAAACAGUUAGGUAACUUUAGUUAGUUUAAUUGUAAUAUUUCUGCAGCGAAUGAAGAAUUCUGUAGUCAAAUUGUCAGUUUGAUUUUUGCUUAGGAGUCGUGCUUAGGUUCCUCUAAUUGAAAUGACCUUCUACUGUGUUUAAAAAAAUUAUUUUUAUUCUUGCUUUAAAUUCAAUAGAGAAACAUUUAUUUCCAGGUACACCUUUUGCUACUUACAAAAAUAUGGGAAAAUGCAUUGUUUACAUCCACAUAAAUGACAAUUAAGCAACUCAGAGGAAAAAUAUCAAGAAAGGUUGUGGUAUUUUAGCAUUUUCAUUAUAAUAUUUCAGCAUAAAAGGCAGGCUAAACACUUCUGGUAUUGCAUGUUAUGCGAUAUAUUAACCAGCUACAAAAAAAAAGAAAAUAAGUUUGCACUGUGUCACUGCCAGAAUAUUUGUAUUGACUUAUUUUUAGUGUAGUAAAAGCUUAAUAACUUCUGCAAGCUUCGCUGCUACUGGAAAAUGUAUUAAUGUAACUUCUAGUGACACAUUUAGAUGUUUGAAUGUUAUUGUGCAUCCACAGGUCAGAUUUCAGAAAAAUGAAAUAAUCUGUCUUCUGCAUUUAACUUGACUUAACCCUUAUUUGAUUGAAUUGUUCAUUUGUAAAUUCCAUUUAAAUCAAAGUUUCAGUACUUUUGUAAAUUACAUGUCACAGACUGAUGUCACAGACCUCUACUACUGUAGAUUACCCCUUUUUUUUCUUUUGUUCAAAAGUUGGUGCAUUUUUGUGAGAUUUCUCCCCCCCAUACGCUGGAUAGCAGUGUGAAAUUCUGUUAAUUACAGCUAAUUUCACAGAGUCCUCUGGUCUAUUUCUUUUCUUGUAAAUUUUGAAGGGUAAAUAUCUACAAAUUAACCAAAUAUGUAUUCUAAGGAGAAAAAUUACCCUUGAACAGAAUUCAAAAUAGUAGCUAAGGUAUUAGAAAGAUCUGGAUGAGUCCAGCAUUGCGUGUUGCAGGAAUUCUGUUUUAGAUGGAUUUUUACUUUAAUAUUUCAUUCAGUAGGACAUAAUAUCCUCUUGGUGUGUACACAACAGGACUAUGCCAAUGGGUUUUCUUCUAACAUUAAUGGACUUAAGCCCAAUUUUUGCAGUUUUACCAAAGACCUGUACUAUCAUUAUUUCUUUUGUACUACAUUUCAUCAUUACUUUUAUUUCAGGUAGAAGCCUAAAAUUUGAUUUUGUUCUCAUUUAAAAAAGUGAUCACCUAGUACCUUAAAUGGAUAUGUGGUUCAUUAACAGUAAUUAAUGGCGUCUUUUUUCUCUCUUAAGUUAGCUCAAGUGCGUUGAUACACAUUAGAACAAAAAUGCAUGGGUCAGAUCCUCACAAAAUCUCUAUUUGUCGUUUGAGUUUGUGCUAGGUAUAAAUUGACGUUUAUGGCAGAUAUGUGCAAUAGUGGCUCGCACAUGCUGACCUUAACGAGGAUUCUGUGUCGGUUUAACCGUUGAAGGAAUGUCAAAGGUGAAUGACAUUUGUGCUUCUGAAGUGGCCAUAUAUACUUCACUACAGUACUGUUUUGAAGUUCAUUUUGUUUGUUGACUUUGCUUAAGUAGAUGAUCUCGAUUACUUUUGGAAAUUGGACAUUUAUGCAUUAUAUGCUGUUAUGAUGGGCCUGACUGUAAGGUGCUUUCUUUUUAACUGACCCUUUGUUCUCCAUUUCUGAAAGAAGUGGUCCAAAAUAUAUAUCUUCUUUUUGUGAAAUGAGGAUUGUGGCAAGAAUCAAUGGCAGAUACAGACAUAACUAAAACUCAGUUGUUAUGAUGGAAAUUUGUUUUCUAGCCCUUUAUCUCUAGUGGUCUACUUACCCUUAUUCAAGUUUUCUUAAAAGAAACAUUGGUAAGCACAGCUUACAUUUCUGUCCAUAUUUCAGAUUCGUUAAAUGUAUGUAUAACGGACCAAUUACACUUUGAAGUACAUCUGUGCCUUUUUAAUAAUUACACAAUGUUGUUUGGUAUCAAGAGAAUAUAUCUGACGCAGCAUCUGUUCUCAGUUGCAUGAUCAAAUAUAACGUGUUGAAUUAGAAUCAAAAUUCCAGUGCCUUACAACAUUUUGUGGACCACAAUGUGAUUGCUAAGUGAUCUUCGGCAUUCGGGCCACUAAUUGACUGAUAAUUUUCUCUCUCAGUCUGUAUUUGCCAUACCAAUAAAACAAAUUAAAAUCUUACCACUGAAGUCACAGUUUUGAUCUCAAUUCGUUAUUUGGCACCAAAAACUCAAUUGUGAGGAAAAAGCACCAAAAAGGAAGAAUCUUAUAAAUGAACUGUAAAAGAUGUAUCAUGAUGCUCUGCAUUGGAAUAGUCUAAACUAUUUUGCAUUAUUGUUAGUUGUUGUGUCGUCUUUUUGUUUUUAAUAUAAUGAAAAUGGAGCCUGAAGAUUUAUGCAAUCUUGUACUUGUAUAUGAUUAUGAUGUAUGAACUGUUCAAAUUAAGUAAAAUACUAAAUGAUCUGAAAGUGGAACCAGCUGUUCCGUGAGCUUCAGAAAAUGUCAUUAGAAAUGUUAUUUUAACUUUUGAAGCCCUGAAAGAUUGAAUGUAUUGUUCUAAAUUAGAUAUUCAAUGAAUGGGUCACUGAAUAUUAUGGAGCGUAGUUAAUUCUUUAUGAUGUAGCAUCUAGUUAUGAACUGCUCUUCAAUAAAAUGUAGUAGAACUAAAACAGAUGCAAGUUUUCAAGUUUCUAUUUGUCAGCAUAAUGAGGAAAUAUAAGGACAGAAAUGUAUUUUUCUCAGGUAAUACAGCGAUUGAAUAGAAAAUGUGUUAUAUCUGAGGAAACUGCAUUUCAUGGAUUUAUCAAUGUCAGUGAGUUUAGACAUUAUUUAUAGAUAAAUUAAGAAAUAACUCCCUUAUUUUGUGACAAGCUGUAUAGUUGUAGGAAAUUCUCUGAUAAUCGUAAACAUUAUUCUGUUGGUAUAUUGAUAUUCCUUUGUGUUGUGAACACAAAAAUUGGUGCAAGUCUUAGAAUACUAGAUUUUGUUUUCAUUUUCUACAUUGAGGAUUGUGUACUGCAUAAUUUCUGUAGUGUAUAACUAGUUUGUCAACACUUGUUCACUUGUUACACUACAGUUAUGCAAUGGUUUACAGGUCACAGAAUUAUUUUUAUCAUCUUGAGAAUUAAAAUAAUUUUUCAUCCAAA